CACAAGGCAGAGCUCAUGAAUGUCAUGAAGAGGUUCAACGCAGAUCCGACUCUGCCGCGCGAUUGGCAAAUGGCCAAGGUGUCAAUAUGGUUCUCUACAGCCCUACGCCAUGGUCCGUAUUGGAAAGAUGGAUUCAGCCGAUACUUCGAAAAGAUUGACACUUUCGAUCCAUACGAUGGCCGGGUUGUUGUUGACGACUUGCUGGCAAAUUGGACUGGUGACAAUCAGUGGAAAGGCUACCAGGACAUGCACGAUGUGCUUAUCAAGGGCAACCCUCACAGCUCAUACGUGUAUUGG